GUUCGUUGGUAUAUCCCACACUCAAAGAGUGAGCGUUAGUGCUCCACUCUUUGAGAUAAUUAGCAUUUUUAUUACUGGUUCAAAACGAAUCGUUCUUAUCAAUUAUUGGUUUAUUUUUUUCCUGGCUUGCUCGGAGGGGAGCUGUCCAGCUCAGUUAAGUACGAUCCGCUAUCAGCUCCUCAACUGGAAUCUUAACCUUGUCGACCUUAGUUUAUUACCUACCUACCGAGCAAGAUUCUUAUAUUCUACUGGAACACAGACAACAGUUCGAAUCUAGCAAGCACUCCGCUGAGACGAUUCUUAGUAAACAGAAUAUAAAUAAAUCGUACAAAUAAUAACAAAUAUCGCGGAUAAAGUUUGAAAAGCCGGCGUGAUAAAUUCUAUCUAUGACCAUGUAUCCGAGUGUAUCUAAAUUAGUGGAAGGAGAUAUGUCAAAAUUUUGCUAUACCGCCGGAGUUAUUUUUUUAUUGUUAAUGCUGAUGACUACAGCAGCAAAGGCAGGAGAUAUAAUGUUUCCAGAUCAAGCUACUCUGUCUGCACUUGGAAAAACUACCCCAAAGUGUAAGGCAAAUGGAACUGAGGUACUAUGUCAAGGGGUGGAAAAUUAUCCAGCCAAUGAAUUGGAGAGUCUAAUAAAAUCUGACGCUACGAGGUAUAUGGAGUUAUUUGGAGAGGACUUGCUAAUUGGCCUUUCAACGAGGUUCGAUCAUCCUGGGGAAGAAUCACUUUGCCGGAAUUCGGAGCGACUCGUGUACCCGCAGAGUGGAUUAAAUAAAGAUGAAAAAUGGCUCUUCAUUGUGAACCAUGAUAAGUACAAGCAAGGGAUUCGGAUAGAAGAAUGUUUAGGUGCAGGUGAGCAAUGUUCCCUGACUGAAAGCUUCCCGAAUAACUACAAAACGGAGUGCAGGCAGCAUUAUGUAUAUCGCCAACUUCUAUCAUUAAGUCCGCAGGGACGCAUAGUCAAGGAGCAAUUUCGGUUCCCUGCUAGCUGCAAAUGUGUUGUGAAAGUGCCGGAGAUGUAAUCAGUUUUGCGCCCUAUGUCGAAUAUAUUAUGACGAGAAGACUAUUCAAUGAAUAUCUUACAAGCAGGCUAUCUACUGUACGUUAAUUUGUCCUUUCGAAAUUCGAUAAAUUUUAAUAAUAAUUAAAUUUAUGUUGUAAAAUUUAUAUUUAAUUCUAAUAACUAUAAUUGGAAAUCAAAAGCAUUGUUUCCAUGACAAAUUGAAUAAUAUUUCUGACUCCAGAUAUUUUAGGAAAAAGGCAAUAUAGAAUGAGAAAUGGAAUGAAAACCUGGUGAUAAGACUUUAAUAUUAUCAAAACAAAGUAACCGUUUGAUGUUUGCACAAAAUUUAAAAAAAUAAUGUUCAAUGAUGAACUUA